AUGCAUGUAUCUCUCAAGGGGCUGACGGAUGCAAUGGAUACAGCGGUGUAUGUGGCGGAGAAGUUCCCGUUAAUAGUGGACCCCAGUGACCAAGCCACGCGAUUUCUCAAAUACCAGCGUGGCACAAUGCAUAUGGUGGCCAAUCCGACCGACAUGGCACCUGAUUCAUUGCGUCGACAUCUCGUAGGCGCUUUGAAGAAUGGGUCGCUGCAUAUUGUUAAUUUCGACAGCUUGGUAACGCUGGAGUUGGAGCAGUUCUUCAGCCCCGAUAGCUUCCCGCGCGAAGUAUUUUCACGACAACUAUUGUUCUCUCCGGAGGUGAUCAGCAAGUUAUUACGGUCGAAUGAGGGUGAUCCUGAUGUAUCGGAGUUUAUUAUCAACGAUCACUUUAAGCUCGUGGUACUCUGCCAAGCGGAGACGCCGCCACCUGCGACAGCGAAGGAGAUGUGUGUCAUUCACGAAACUAAGCGGAAUAGUAUAGAGCUGGUAGAGGCAGCUUCUGAUAACGAGCUGGAUACAGUUGUGAGCUGUCUCGACAAGAACUAUGACAUUGAAAGCGAGGAUGGUCAUGGCCACACCGGUUUGUCAGAAGCCUCUUGUCAAGGACACAAGGAUAUCGUAAGCUUGUUGCUUGAGCGUGGAGCUGACCCGAACAAAUGCAAUGACGAAAAUCGAUCGCCACUGUAUCGUGCGGCGUAUAACGGACAUCUCGACACUAUCCAGCUCCUCUUAGAAAGUGGCGGCGAUCCGCAACUCCGCUCGAAGCAAGGAGAAACAGCCUACGACGUGGCCAAAAACGCUGAGGCACAAGCUCUCUUGGCGCAGUGGGACCUUUCAAGGACUAACAAGCUACUUGAGGAACGGGGGAAGAUCAUCGAAGCGAAGUGGCAAGAGAGAAUCACCAAUCACGUGGAGCGUGAGCAGUUUGCGCUAAUGCAGAUCCACUCGGAGCUGCUAGAGAUCGCACGAGAAGGUAAAGCUGAAGACCUUGACAAGCGACUAGAGCAGCUCGCCGAUGAAGCCUUAGAAACUGGGGAACGUCCUCGAGCUAGUGCAGAUAUUCGAGACGAAAAAGGCAGUACCAUACUUGCACUUGCAGCUCAGUUCGAUCAUGUGGAAAUUGUGAGUUUGUUAGUAUUCAAGGGUAAAGCUCUUGAGGUGCAAGCUCGUGAGAUGGCUGCUGCUAGUGCGUCAUCGGCACAGAAAGAAGCUGCAGCGAAGACAGCAAUGCUGGUUCGUGUAUGGAAAGUUAACGUCAAUUCUCGCGACUGUCGCGGCUGGACUCCUGUUGCGAUUGCUGUGUUCCACGAAGCGAAGAAGAGUCUGCCUGUUUUGCUGGACAACGGAGCGGACCCGAGUCUCAAGAACCAGCACAACAAGAACGCUUACUAUUUCGCCAAAGAUGAAAUGGACGCAGCCAACAACAUAGACAAAUCCAGAGCGGAAAUUCGUCAAGUUCUGAUCGAUUGGGAGAACGAGCAUCGGCCAGCGCCGGUGACACCAGUGGCAACAGCACCAGAGCAACCCCGCUCAAAGGCAGGAAAAUCAAGCCCAAAAAAAGCUGCUGGUAAAACCCAGAAGAAGACGGCGACUAUCCCUAAGUCUUCAACUGCCAGUGACUCCAAAACGAAGACACUUAGUGUCAAAAAGCCCAAGUAG